CGCAUAAUAACUAGAAAAAAGCAUUGAACCCAAGCGACUCCAUUGAUCUUCCUUCCUCUUCGUCCUUUCUUCCCUGUGUCACCGAGUCGCCUCGGCUCGCGCGCUGCCACCAUGGUUCUGGAGGCCACCAUGAUUUGUAUCGACAAUUCGGAGUGGAUGAGGAAUGGAGACUACGCUCCAACUCGUUUCCAGGCUCAAGCGGACGCUAUCAAUCUCGUAUGUGGGUCUAAAACCCAGUUGAAUCCAGAAAAUACGGUGGGCUUGCUCACUAUGGCGGCUAAAGGAGUCCGUGUUUUAGUCACUCCAACUAGUGACCUUGGGAAGAUCUUGGCUUGUAUGCAUGGUCUGGAGAUUGGGAGUGAAUUAAAUUUGGUAUCCGGAAUCCAAGUUGCUCAAUUGGCUCUCAAACAUCGCCAAAACAAACAUCAGCAACAGAGGAUCAUAGUCUUUGUCGGAAGUCCAAUUAAGCAUGAGAAGAAGUUGCUGGAGACUAUUGGCAAAACAUUGAAGAAGAAUAGUGUUGCUCUUGAUGUUGUUGAUUUUGGGGAAUCCGAUGAUGGAAAAUCUGAGAAGUUGGCUGCACUUGUUGCAGCGGUUAAUAAAAAUGGCAACAGUCACAUAGUUAAUAUUCCCCCUGGACCAACUGCUCUCUCUGAUGCAAUAUUAAGCACACCCAUCUUUACUGGUGAUGGUGAUGGAGGAAGUGGUUUUGCUGCUGCUGCUGCUGCUGCUGUCGCUGCUGCAGCUGGUGGUUUGUCCGGAUUUGAGUUUGGUGUAGACCCUAAUAUAGAUCCCGAGCUAGCUCUUGCAUUGAGAGUUUCAAUGGAAGAGGAAAGGGCUAGGCAAGAAGCAGCUGCCAAAAAGGCUGCUGAAGAUGCUUCUAAACAAGAAAAAGCUGAUGGUGUGGCGUCAGGAUCUCAAGAUGUAACCAUGGCUGAGCCAAUUAACACUUCUGCCCCGAGUAAAGAUGAUAGAAGACAUGAUUUGACGGAUGAUGAGACCGCCUUGCUACAACAGGCUCUUGCGAUGUCAAUGGGUGUGGGGGGUGUGGUUUUAGCCGAUACUAAUAUGUUGGAUGUCACUGCUGACCAAGACUUAGCUUUUGCACUUCAAAUGUCUGUGCAGGAGAAUCCUAAAGAUGCUCCGGACCCAUCUGAUAUUAGCAAGGUUUUGGAGGACCAGUCUUUUGUUUCAUCCAUUCUCAACUCGCUGCCAGGUGUUGACCCUAACGACCCUUCUGUGAAGGAUUUACUAGCAUCAUUACAAAGCCAAACAGAGCAAAAGAAGAAUGAAGAUAAAUCUGAGAAAGAAGGUGAAAACUAGAAGGUCCGUAACGCGUAUUAUUACUUCGCUAGAAUUCAGAUCUCAGCUCAGCAGCUCUGAUGGAAGGCAUGUCAAGUCUUUUUAUGAAGAAAAAGCCAUUGUUUUUCAGUUACCCAUCAAUGGAAGCACUUUUAUUUUAUUUACUGGAAUACUUAUUUAGCAAAUCAGUUUCAUGGUGGUUGAAAAACUAUACGGAUUUAUGCUGAUUUACGAUGAUUUCAUU